GGCGGUAGGAGCAGAGGCAGAAGAGAUCUAGGGGGUUCGUUGGGGAAACAGUAGAAGGCGGAGAUAAUUAGGAGGGUAACAGAGGCUAACCAAGAACGAGAAAAGGAGCUUUGGCCAUUUGCCUUCAGAGAAAAAGAGGUUCCAGUCUCGCUUUCCGCUCCGGCUCCCGGCUUCCCAGCUGAGGCUGCGGCUGACAAAGGGCUCACGCUGGUGCCGCCGCCCUUCUCAUCCGGGCCCCUGCGGAGAGGGAGGGGGGAAGGGCAGAGGGGGAAGGGAAGGAGCCGGAAGGGCGCGCGCACGGAGCCUAGGCCCUUUCCAGGGCUCCGGGCCAGAGGCCCAACGGACGGAGACCGAGGAGGACUUGCAGAGGUGGCGGCGGCCGGAGGCAGGAGGAUGGUGCAAAAGGAGAGCCAGGCUGCGCUGGAGGAACAGGAGAGCGAGCUCAAUUCCAAUCCUGCAGCCGCCUCCGCCUCCGCGGGGGCACCGUUGGAAACGCCGGCAGCUCAGGCUUCUGGAGAUGACAACCCGACUGGGUCUUCGGGAGCAGCGGUGGCCGGGGCGGCCGGAGGGGCUCGGAGAUUCCUGUGUGGCGUGGUGGAAGGAUUUUAUGGAAGACCUUGGAUUAUGGAACAGAGAAAAGAACUCUUUAGAAGGCUCCAGAAAUGGGAACUAAAUACAUACUUGUAUGCUCCAAAAGACGACUACAAACAUAGGAUGUUUUGGCGAGAGAUGUAUUCAGUUGAGGAAGCUGAGCAACUUAUGACUCUGAUCUCUGCUGCACGGGAAUAUGAGAUAGAGUUCAUCUAUGCUAUUUCACCUGGAUUAGAUAUAACCUUUUCUAACCCUAAAGAAGUAUCUACAUUGAAACGCAAACUGGACCAGGUUUCUCAGUUUGGGUGCAGAUCAUUUGCCUUGCUUUUUGAUGAUAUUGACCAUAAUAUGUGUGCAGCAGACAAAGAGGUAUUCAGUUCCUUUGCUCAUGCCCAGGUCUCCAUCACAAAUGAAAUCUAUCAAUACCUUGGAGAGCCAGAAACUUUCCUCUUCUGUCCUACAGAAUAUUGUGGUACUUUCUGUUAUCCAAAUGUCUCCCAGUCUCCUUAUUUAAGGACUGUGGGUGAAAAGUUGCUCCCUGGGAUUGAGGUACUUUGGACAGGUCCCAAAGUUGUUUCUAAAGAAAUUCCAGUAGAAUCUAUUGAAGAGGUCUCUAAAAUUAUUAAGAGAGCUCCAGUAAUCUGGGAUAACAUUCAUGCUAAUGAUUAUGACCAGAAGAGAUUAUUUUUGGGCCCAUACAAAGGAAGAUCCACAGAACUCAUCCCACGGUUAAAAGGAGUCCUGACAAAUCCAAAUUGUGAAUUUGAAGCCAAUUAUGUUGCUAUCCACACCCUUGCUACCUGGUAUAAAUCAAAUAUGAAUGGAGUGAGAAAAGAUGUAGUAAUGACUGACAGUGAAGACAGUACUGUAUCAAUCCAGAUAAAGUUAGAAAAUGAAGGCAGUGAUGAAGAUAUUGAAACCGAUGUACUCUAUAGUCCACAGAUGGCUCUAAAACUAGCUUUAACAGAAUGGUUGCAGGAGUUUGGCGUACCUCAUCAGUAUAGCAGUAGACAAGUUGCACACAGUGGAGCUAAAGCAAGUGUAGUUGAUGGGGCGCCACUGGUUGCAGCACCCUCUUUAAAUGCUACAACUGUUGUUACAACAGUUUACCAGGAGCCCAUUAUGAGCCAAGGAGCAGCCUUGAGUGCGGAGACUGCAGCUCUGACCAAGGAAGAAGAAAAGAAACAGCCAGAUGAGGAACCCAUGGACAUGGUAGUAGAAAAACAAGAAGAAACAGACCACAAGAAUGACAAUCAAAUACUAACAGAAAUUGUUGAAGCUAAAAUGGCAGAGGAGUUGAAACCAAUGGAUACUGAUAAAGAGAGCAUAGUUGAAUCAAAAUCCCCCGAGAUGUCCAUGCAGGAAGAUUGCAUUAGUGAUGUUGCCCCUAUGCAAACUGAUGAACAGACAAACAAGGAACAGUUUGUUCCAGGUCCAAAUGAAAAGCCUUUGUACACUGCAGAACCAGUGACUCUGGAGGAUUUGCAGUUACUUGCUGAUCUGUUCUACCUUCCUUAUGAGCAUGGACCCAAAGGAGCACAGAUGUUACGCGAGUUCCAAUGGCUUCGAGCAAAUAGCAGUGUUGUUAGUGUCAAUUGCAAAGGAAAAGACUCUGAAAAAAUUGAAGAAUGGCGAUCACGAGCAGCCAAGUUUGAAGAGAUGUGCGGACUAGUGAUGGGAAUGUUCACACGACUCUCCAAUUGUGCCAACAGGACAAUCCUUUAUGACAUGUACUCCUAUGUUUGGGAUAUCAAGAGUAUAAUGUCUAUGGUGAAAUCUUUUGUACAGUGGUUAGGGUGUCGUAGUCAUUCUUCAGCACAGUUCUUAAUUGGAGACCAAGAACCCUGGGCCUUUAGAGGUGGUCUAGCAGGAGAGUUCCAGCGUUUGCUGCCAAUAGAUGGGGCAAAUGAUCUCUUUUUUCAACCACCCCCACUGACUCCUACCUCCAAAGUUUAUACUAUCAGACCAUAUUUUCCUAAAGAUGAGGCUUCCGUGUACAAGAUUUGCAGAGAAAUGUAUGACGACGGAGUGGGUUUACCGUUUCAAAGUCAACCUGACCUUAUUGGAGACAAGUUAGUAGGAGGUCUGCUUUCUCUCAGCCUGGAUUACUGCUUCGUCCUAGAAGAUGAAGAUGGCAUAUGUGGUUAUGCUCUGGGCACUGUAGAUGUGACCCCCUUCAUUAAAAAAUGUAAAAUUUCCUGGAUUCCGUUCAUGCAGGAGAAGUACACCAAGCCAAAUGGUGACAAAGAACUAUCUGAGGCUGAGAAAAUAAUGUUGAGUUUCCAUGAAGAACAGGAAGUAUUGCCGGAAACUUUCCUUGCCAAUUUUCCUUCUCUGAUAAAAAUGGAUAUUCAUAAAAAAGUAACCGAUCCAAGUGUGGCCAAAAGUAUGAUGGCUUGCCUCCUAUCUUCACUCAAGGCUAAUGGUUCCCGGGGGGCUUUCUGUGAAGUGAGACCAGAUGAUAAAAGGAUUCUGGAAUUUUACAGCAAGUUAGGCUGUUUUGAAAUUGCAAAAAUGGAAGGCUUUCCAAAGGAUGUGGUUAUACUUGGCCGGAGUCUGUGACAUUUAUUGGCACAGUGAACUGUUCUCUUACCUCCACCUGGUGGGUGGUGGUUUGGGUCUUCAUACAGUUCAGCUUCAGGGGUUAACAAAUCAGCCAAUUGGAUUGGAAACAAAGAAGACUCUAAAACUGUCUCAUCACACAUUCUGACUACUCACUGGUUGGAAGAAGACAGUACUGCUGCAGCCCUGUAUGAAACGAAGGUGUAGGCCGCCUCCUUUUUGGGUCUUGGGUUAGGUGCCAAGACUUCUUACACAUAAGCAUUUAUAGUAAGGGGUCUUCAAUAAAUGUAGUCAGCACU